AGCUGAGGCCAUGGCGGCGUGCAUCCAAGCGUUGGCAAUUAGAGCAACGCUUCCAUCUGCGUUUCUGGGUACGUCGCAGGUGUCAUGGAGGCGGCAACAGCGCCUGGUUCUCGCCAAUCCAUCCGGCUCCCGGGUCUCGGCGUGGUUUAAAUUCGGGAACCGGGGAUUGGAUUCGCAAGGAGCUGGAAUCUAUGGCAGCCAGAAGAGGGACGAUUUCAACAAGGACGACGUCGAACAGUACUUCAACUACAUGGGAAUGCUGGCGACCGAGGGAUCCUACGAUAAGAUGGACGCGCUGCUCAACGAGGGUCUCCAUCCGGUGGACAUUCUUUUGCUCAUGGCUUCUUCCGAGGGAGAUAAGCCCAAAAUCGAGGAGCUUCUUCGCGCUGGAGCUAGCUACACGGUGAAAGACGGCGAGGGAAGAACAGCAUUGGACAGGGCUAAAGACGACGAGAUCAGAGAUCUCAUCCAGAACUUCCAGACCGUCCCUUCCCCGUGAAAAUCUGUCCAUCGUAUAGGAUCAAUCCAAGUUUCCCUCCAAGGUUUUGUUGGAUGCGAUGGGUCACACAAUGGCGAUCUUCUUCGUCCUCGAGUUAUGGGCGGCGCUCGAUCCAUUCGUCCUCGCUGCUUGGUGGGCGGUUUUCUUUCCCUCUGGGCAGCGAUCAGCAGCGCCUCCAGGCCCAAUUCGCCUCACAGCUCCAGGCAUGCCGAGAUCUGGCCACCGCGCGGCGGCUCCACGCCCGGAUCCUCGCUACCGCUCUUCGAUCCGACACCUUCACCGCGAAUCUCCUCGUCCAGCUGUACGGACGAUGUGGCUGCCCGGAGAUCGCACGCCAGACGUUCGAUGGCAUUCUUGCAAGGAACUCCUUCUCCUGGAACAUAGUCAUGGCGGCAAAUGCCCAGAACAGGCAUCUUGAGAACGCGAAGAGCGUCUUUGAUAAGAUGCCGGAGCGCGACGUUGUGACAUGGACGGCUAUGAUGGCGUCAUUUGCCGAGAGGGGAGAUCUCUUUUGUCCAAAACAGUUGUUUGAUUCCAUGCCGGAAAGGAAUGUAGUGUCCUGGAACGUCUUCGUUGGAGCAUAUGCGCAGCAAGAACAACUUGAGCCUAGCAAAGGAGCUUUCCUUCGAAUGCCCUGCCACAGCAUCGUUUCCUGGAACUCUAUGCUUACAGCUUACGCGCAAGGGCAGCAAAUCGAUCGCGCAAGCGAGUUCUUUGAAUCGAUGCCACAGCGCGACGUGAUUUCCUGGAACAUCGCAAUCUCAACACUUGCCCAAACAGGGGAUUUGGUAAAAGCAAAGAAGCUGCUUGAUCUGAUGCCGGCGGUGGGGAUCGUGUGCUGGACGGCAAUGGUGGUGGCAAACGGGCAGCUCUGUCAACUAGAACAAGCGAAGAAAAUCUUUGAUUCUAUGCCGGAUCGUGAUGAUCUUGCUGGGACGGCUAUGGUGACCGCAUUUGCGCAGAAUGGAGACGUGGACUCUGCCAAGGCUGUGUUUGAUGCGAUGCCAGAGCACAGCGUCUACGCCUGGAAUGCUCUCCUCGCGGCCUACGCGCUAAAUUCCCGCCCGGGUCGCGCUAUGGAGAUCUUCGCAACCAUGCCCGAGAAGGACGUGGUCUCUUGGAACGUCGUCCUCGCCAUGCUCUCCCAGCGCGAUCAAGACGGGCGCGGCAGCGCGAUCCAGCUCUUUCAAUCGAUGUUGCUCGAGGGAUUCCUCCCAAACGACAUCUCGCAUCUCUGCGUGCUCAUCGCUUGCAGCCGGGUUGGAUCAAUCCACGCCGGGCGCGACUGCUUCGCGGCGAUGAGCUCGGAUCACGGAUCCACGCCCGAGCGCGUCCACUACUCGUGCAUGGUCGAUCUCCUGGCCCGCACGGGACAGCUCCUCCUCGCCCAAGAUCUCAUCGAGACGAUGCCUUUCUUUCCCGACGACGUGGAGUGGCUGACGCUCACGGUGAGCGGAGCUCCCGCUGGACCGAGGCUCAUGGAUCUCCGGCCUGGCCGAUCCGGUCCCUACGUAGUGCUCUCGAAUUCCAUGCUAGCGCCGUAAAGGAUUUGUUGAGAUCGAUCCAUCUGGGAAGUUUCAUGAGACGGAAGAAGUUCGUGAACACUGUGAACAUCACAACGCGUUUUCUUGUUUCGGGUGCCAUUCAAAGACUUGGGCAGGUCAAUCUUAGCAACCCAGACGGGUUUCUCCUUGAAUCACAGAGGGUUUCUCCAAGGUCAUGGGAAGCAUAUGGUCACAAAGUGUCAACAAAUUGGGGAGAAGUUUUUUUUAUUGUUCUUGGACAACGCACGCCAAAUCUUUUUUCAACGCUCCUGUUCCCAAACCUUCAGUUUUUCUUCCAUCAUGCAGCUGCCAAAUGCGACGAAGUGGACGAGGAGCAAACCCUAGCUGGUGUUUGAAAUUUUAAAAACUUUGGCGCGAGACCCCCUGCCAAUGCCGCCCUGCCACUUGGCGCAACACCCGUGGUGACUGUCUACCAACGCACAUGUGGAUAGACGCGAAGCUUUGCAGCAACAACAGUCUGGUGCCGUACGCACCAGCGUGGCGGUGGCUGUCACUCGUCUUCUCGUCCGUCGGGCUGUGGGCCACAAAUAGUUUGGGCCACAGUGUGAAGCCGUCGUACACGCUUUAGCUAACUGGCAUAUAUAAUAAAACAGCUUGGCUUCAUAUUUUUGCUCGCUCUCUUGCAUAGAUAGGAAGAGAGGGGAGGAUCGUUGCCCUAGAGGCGCUGGGCGAUCGUCCGGGCGGGCGAUCAUCCGUUGCUAUAGCUAGGACGAGCGCGCGAGCGAUGGGAUUUGGGAAUAGCUACAAGGUUCUUUCUCCUCUCUCCUGGGAGACGACAGCCGCGAAGCAGGGGGGAUCGCCGGGUAACGGCAGCAGCGGCAGCAGCGCCGCGCGAUCCCAGAGAGUGGUGGAUUUCGUGAAGAAAUGGCUGCUCUGCGGCUGGAAUCUCAACGCAUCGGAGUAUUCGCAGGUCGUGUCCCCAGGUAAUCCUCUCAAGAGCAGCGGUGGCAGCGGUGGCGCUCCGGGGCGGGGGGCGGAGUGCUACGUGAGGCCGCCGCGUUGGAAGCAGUUCUUGCGGCGAGUGAGGGCGAGAUCGAGGAAGGUCCGCGAGGGCUUGUGCUUCCACCCCCAGCAGCAGCCGCUCAACUAUUGCAGCACCGAUAGCUACGAGAGGAACUUCGAUCGGGGGCGGGAGUUUUGGAGCGACGAGUUCGGCGCUCCGGACAGGAAUCCGAGCCUUGCGGCUCCGCCAAGCUACGCGGCGGCGACGCUGCAUCCCACGAGUUCUUCCACCCCGAUCCUGUGGGAGGAGAAGCCGCUCCAGGAUAGACUCCUGGCGGCUCCUCCCAUUUGGCAGAGGAGGAUGGUAGGCGAUCACCUCACACCGAUCGCCGUCGGCGCUGCUUAAAGGUUCUUUGUGAUCUCUAUCGUCUCUAGCUCCAUCUCAUUGAUUCAUGCGAUCGAUUCGUCAAGAGGAUUCCACAAACUGCUGCUGAUCGAGCUCAAGCCACCGAAAAAAACGAUUUUUAUCUCUUCCACUUAGUAGAGGAAAAUGAUCCACGGUCGAUGGCAGCCUUGCAAAACUCCUUUUUUUGUGGCGGUGGUGGUGGUACCGAUUAUCAUGUCCUCAAUCAAUGUCCUCUAUAUUAUCAAAGUGGGCCUCUGCAAAAUUGGAAUAACCACACAAGAGAACAGAUGUACAUGUACCAUGAAAAAAAGAGAGGGAGGAGCACAAAUAAAUAUAUGCAAAAUAAUGUUUAUCGAA